GGAGACUUCUGUGUGUUAAAAAGUGUGCAGGAGAGAGAGUUUUCGCUGAGCAAGGGAGACUUGCAUAUAGCCUCCUUAUAGCAGGGAGCCUUCUGAGGAACACACCACAAGUGCCACUACUGAGUGCCAGGAGCAACUGCCUCUGAACUAGGUGGCUCCCAUUGACCAAGGACCAUCUUAGAGAUGCUGGUGACACAUGUUUUUCUUCUCACCCUCUCGCUCUCUGUGCCUUCACUUGGACAAUAUGAGCACUGGCCCUAUUACCCAGAAUAUCAAGAGCCCCAAGCUCCAGAACCCCCACCAACUGAGCCCAAAACAGGGCCACAGAUCCAUGUCAGGCUGGCAGGGGAGAAGCGGAAGCACAAUGAGGGGAGAGUGGAGGUUUAUUAUGAAGGAGAGUGGGGCACAGUCUGUGAUGAUGACUUCUCCAUGUACGCUGCCCAUAUAGUCUGUAGAGAGUUGGGCUACCAAGACGCAGUAUCGUGGUCACCAAGUUCCAAGUACGGAAAAGGAGAAGGACGUAUUUGGUUGGAUAAUGUGAAUUGCAACGGAAGAGAGAGAAGCAUUGCCUCCUGUAGCUCCAAUGGAUGGGGUGUGACAGACUGCAAGCACAGUGAGGAUGUCGGGGUACAGUGCAGCGACCGGAGGAUCCCUGGAUUUAAAGUCAGCAAUGAGUUACCAGGACAGCUGGAGGGGCUAAAUAUUCAAGUAGAGGAUGUGCGAAUCCGUGCUAUUUUGUCCGCCCUUCGUAAACGUGUGCCAGUGAUGGAGGGGUUUGUGGAAGUAAAAGUGCAAGGUAACUGGAGGCAAGUGUGCGAUACUGAGUGGAGCAGCAAGAACAGCCGAGUGGUGUGUGGCAUGUUUGGCUUCCCUGCAGAAAAAAAAUACAACACCAAGGUGUACAAGAUAUUUUCAUCCCGACGGACGCACACUUACUGGCAAUUCUCUGCAAACUGCACAGGAAACGAGCCCCAUCUGUCUUCAUGCAAGGUGGGGGGUGUCCUCUUAUCCGAUCCCAAAACCAACCAGACGUGUAGUGAUGGUGCCCCUGUCGUGGUCAGCUGUACCCCUGGACAGGCCUUUGCCCCCAGUCCUGGCACAGGCUUCAGGAAAGCAUUUCGACAAGAGCAGCCACUAAUACGCCUAAGGGGUGGAGCAAACAUUGGAGAAGGGCGUGUGGAGGUUCUGAAGAAUGGAGAAUGGGGAACAGUUUGUGAUGAUAAGUGGAACUUGGUUACCGCCAGUGUGGUCUGCAGGGAACUCGGGUUUGGUAGCGCCAAGGAAGCUCUAGUAGGAGCACAGUUGGGGCAAGGUAUGGGCCAAAUCCACAUGAGUGAGAUCCAGUGCAAUGGCUUUGAGAAGACACUAAUAGACUGCAAAUUCAAUGUCCACUCACAAGGCUGCAAUCAUGAGGAGGACGCUGCUGUAAGGUGCAAUGUACCAGCCAUGGGAUUUGAAAACCAGAUACGCCUGAGUGGAGGACGUCAUCCAACUGAGGGACGAGUGGAGGUUCUGAUGGAACGAAAUGGAACCCUGCAUUGGGGAACUGUGUGCAGUGAGACCUGGGGCACAAUGGAAGCCAUGAUUGUUUGCCGACAACUGGGACUUGGCUUCGCUAGCCAUGCCUUCCAGGAGACCUGGUACUGGCAAGGAGAUGUCAAUGCUGAUGAUGUUGUCAUGAGUGGGGUAAAAUGCUCAGGUACAGAGAUGUCUCUGUCACAUUGCCGGCACGAUGGUGUCAACAUCAAUUGCCCCCGAGGAGGAGGAAGGUUUGCUGCAGGAGUGUCCUGUGUGGAGACUGCCCCAGACCUUGUGCUAAAUGCUGCCCUGGUGGAGCAAACCACAUAUCUAGAGGACAGGCCAAUGUUCAUGCUGCAGUGUGCCCAUGAGGAGCAGUGUCUGGCCUCCUCUGCCGAUCACACUAGUCCUACUACCGGCUUCCGUCGCCUCCUUCGCUUCAGCUCCCAAAUUCACAACAACGGACAGGCUGACUUUCGUCCUAAGACUGGUCGACAUGCCUGGAUAUGGCACGACUGCCACCGCCAUUACCACAGCAUGGAGGUUUUCACCCACUAUGAUCUGCUGAGUCUGAAUGGAACCAAAAUUGCAGAGGGACACAAAGCCAGCUUCUGCCUAGAAGAUUCCGAAUGUGAAGCAGAUAUACAGAAGCAGUACGCCUGUGCUAAUUUUGGGGAGCAAGGGAUCACAGUGGGCUGCUGGGACCUUUACAGGCACGAUAUUGACUGUCAGUGGGUUGAUAUCACAGAUGUUGCGCCAGGGGAUUACUUUUUCCAGGUUGUUGUGAAUCCAAACCAGGAGGUGGCAGAGUCAGAUUAUACAAAUAACAUCAUGAAGUGCCGCUGUCGUUAUGACGGACACCGAAUCUGGAUGUACAACUGUCAUAUAGGUGGAUCGUACAGCACAGAGACAGAGGAGAAAUUUGAACAUUUUAGUGGGCUCCUCAAUAACCAGCUCUCCACUCGGUAGACAGACAUUCCAUGCAAUGGGACAAUGGCUUCUAGAAUCAUGCAGAGGGAGCACCACUGAACCCCAAUCUCAGAGGGAUCACAAGCUCCUACUAGUCCUGCAUCUAGAUCUCUCAUAACCACCAGCCAAUGACUGUCGGCUCCAGUGAGCGUAUUAUGCCUUAUACAUUCCAUCCCACUUGUUCCCGUGUCAUUGCUCAGGACUGUUUAUGUUCUGAAUGCAGCACAAUAUGUAUGAAAAGAUAAGAAUUGAGCCAAAUCUAUAUCAUGUGAAUGCCAGUCCUUGAGUUUGGGUGCUGUAGGAAAAAACAAAAUUCAGCAGGACUCUCAGCUUUGCUUGUUGAAAGGUACAAUAUGUGUUAUUCUGUCUAUAAGUGGUGCGGCCCCCAUUUCCUUGGCCCUGUGUCAGGCUAACAUUGGUGCUAUCACAACAUGACUGCUGCUACCCAUUUGUUAUAUUGGUGCUAUUAAACUGGGGAGUAUGCCUACAAUCACUGUUCUACAAUCUCCCCCAUUUUAUUCCUAUAGCUACUUGAUUAUGUGCAGUCAGUGCUGCAAAUGUAGUACCCGCCACCACUACAGGCCACCACUCCCAUUUCUGUUGGGUACUUACCACCUUCCUCUAUUAGGGCAACUAUACUGGGGGUACAUAAAGGCAGAUUGCUGAAGAGUGCAUGAUCAGCACCAGACUAUCGCAGUCACAUGCCACAUUCCUAUUUUACACAACAAUGCCACCUUUUAAACAUUAGUGUUGGUUCAUUCCUUAAAGGAGAACUCAACCCCCCAUUAAUAAAAACCCCUACCUAAUACCCUACAUAGUCCCCCCUCCCUUCUCCCCGGAUAGGUGAUAACACCUAUAAAUGCCCGUAAUCCUUUACUCGCCUGCAGAAUAAGCGCAGCAGAGCUCCUGGGCGCCAUCAUCCGGCUCUUCGGCUUUCUUCCUUCUUUUUGUCAAUUUCCUUCAGUUUUGGCGCAUUUACUACGAACAGAAAGACUGCUCCAUCUGGGCAUACGUCAAUAUGGCGUUCAUUUCCGGAAGAAAUCCGAAGAACGGUAAAAUGGCGCCCAUGAGCUCCAUUGUGCUUACUCUGCACCUAUAGGCGAGUAAAGGAUUAGGGGCACUUAUAGGU